GUUGCGGCGAGAAGGGUACCGGGGCGGCCCCGCCGCGUCGCGGGGCUGGGCUGCGCCCGCGAAGGGACCGCGUUGCGGCCCGGCGCGGAGGGAGCGGCCCGCCCGCUUCCUGGUGGCCGGGCUCCGCGUCCCUGCCGGCGAAAGCCAAGACAAAAGGUGGUAUCUCACCUCUGGAAGUUCACAGAACCCUCCUCCUGUCAUAAAAAGGUAGAAAGAUGUGACCUGACAAGUUAGGUAUGGUUAUUUAUGUACCCAGAGAUGGGACUGAAGAUGUAUCGGAAGUGGCUUUAAACUAGUCAGCUUUGGUCAAAUUAGCUGUUAGAAGUGGCAGCACGCUGCUCCAUAUGGUCAACAAAAUCUGUCAGGGAAUUUGGGUAGACAUUCAGCUGCUGGUUUCUACUGAGGUCUGUGCUGCUAUAGAGAUGCUCUUACCAAUACCUGAGCUACCCAGUUUAAAACAUUCAUGUCUACAUCAAGUACACCCACACUUCUGGCCUCAGUUUAGACACAGAACUGUCUCUCAAGUUAACUAACCCUGGUUGGAGCGAGGCAGUUGGUAGUUUUCACCUAAAUUAACUGGUUGGAUUUAGAACUGUGUGGGAGCCUAACUUUAACACAAUAUGUUAACUCCUGUGAAAAUGAAGGAUAUCUUUGCCCUCAUGGGAUUCUAGUUUGAGGCAGUCUGGGGGUUUUUUGGUUGGUUUUUUUUUCCAUUUCCUGGUGUAUGUAAAAGUGAAGACCAGGCUGGAGGGAAAGAGGACAGGAUAAAUGGUAAGAUCUUAAAUCUUGCUUCCGUGCCAUUGCCAGUGCAUUAGAGAGGGUAAUGCCAUUGUGUCUGGCAGAAAGCACACUGCCAGAUGAGUGCCUCUUCAUGAUCUAUCUCCUCCCUCUCUGAAGCAACUGGGGGAUUAAGAGGUUGUGAAUUGAUGUCGCUUUCAUCGAUUGGGUGUAUAGUAGAAAUGCUUCUGCCUUUAUUGUUAACACAAGUUGUAGGCAUGUUGUAUCAGUUAUCAUGUAGGGGUGAAAGCUAUAAAAGUAUACAGAGUUUCAGGCAGUGUAUUCGUUUUUCAGGUCCUGACAGAGUUUGCUAACUUAAUGUAGCCGAAUGUAUAUAUUUAGCUAAUGCUGGCCUGACGUAUAUUUAGCUGCUCUGAUAAAUCCUGCCUUUCCCUAUAGAUCUUGCCUAGGAUAUACACAGGGGCAAUCCUGGGAAAGCGAAGUAGACUGCACCAGCGAAACUGUGGUGGUCUGCUAAUAGUUGCAUUUAAAGCAAGUGCUUCUGCUUCUGAGCUGUGGUGAUGAAAGAUCACACCUCCUCAUGCAUCUAACUGUUGCAGCAGAGGUGUACAAUAGAGGUCACACCUACUGUACUUUACACCUAUUUUAUCCACUGUAAGCUUAUUUAGUGGCUGUUCAAUGGCACUGAUGUUUAGUCAGAGCAGAUUGUGUUCUUAUAUUCUAACCCUUGCCUAUUUCAGUUUAUACUGGCCAAAAUUACACUCAUCCGCUGUUUUGGAUAUCUUUUCCGUGUUUUAAAGAUAUUUUUAAUACGACACCAUCAGCAAAAGUAAAGAGGCCUUACAGUAAAAUCCCUUUCUCAGUGUAGUCCAGCAACUAAGAUUUCUUCCCCAUGAAACUUUCAUUGCUCGUAGACAAUUGGCGCUUUCAGUCCUGCCUUCUUCACCUGCUCUAGUGGAAAAACAGGUGUUGUCCAAAAUACCAAAUGAACUUAAGUAUGGUUUAGAGUAAGUGUGAAAAUGAUUCAAAAAUUCCCAUGAAGGAGCUUUAUGGAGUAGCAGUGUGGAAAUCCCUCUUCAGGAUAUGUGACACAACUGUACAGUGCAGGGAAGGUGAUCCUCAGAGUAAGCAGGUUACAACUAAUUUAGAAUAAAGCCAGUAUUUUAUAUUCCUCUUGAAAGCUAAGAGGCAGCAAGUGUAAAACUCUUAAGUACAGUCUUGAUAUGCUUCUAAUACAAGCAUAUUUUUCUACCAAGCUAAAAUUCUGGAUUAAAUUCAAAUUGUAAUUGUAUAUAAAAGGGCUUUGUAGCAAACUGGCCUCAGGCUGAAAAAAGCAUAGCUUAUGAUUGUUAUUUCAGUCCAAAAUACUGGUGAUUUCAUGACAAGGCAUAUAUGAAAAAAGAUCACCUGUUGACUGCUCUCAGUAUAAAAAUACUGAAUUAAUUACAUUUUAAAAUAUUAAAGUCAAAAGAUAGUGAGAAACCAAGGAGACAUUUCCUGCUGACUUCAGUGAGUCCUAUCAAGUCUAUAUGUUUCCAAUUUUCCCAUACAUUCUUUCUUUUCUUUUUUGGUAAAGGAUGUCAUACAGCUGCAUGCCUUAACUGAAAAUAGGUAAGCAUAUGGAAAAUUAUUAGCUUUACCAUGAGUUAAUUACACAAAUGCAUACACCCCCCUACAUGUGGUGUUAAUUUUUUAUUAUGGUGACUAUAACUAUAAAAAGAUGUAAAAGUGCUACCAUCUGUGUCUCUGUUGGACAGUGAUCUGGCACACAUGAAGAAAAAAGAGAUCUUUUAUUCUGUGUAUUUUCCCUGGUUAGUUGAAACCAAUUCUGUUUUUAAUCAUGCUAUGUAUGCAUUGGGUCCUUAAUUUUUAACAUUAAAGUAGUUAUUUUAUUGCAUCAUAUCUUUCAUUUUUAACGGCGAAAUAAUUAUCCUGUUGCAUUGACUGAAGGAGAGCCCUGUCCUCAGCUGAGAAUAUACCAGUACAGGGUGUGUGAGUCCUUAUUGUUUAAUUUUCUGUAUGUGGACAACACAGAGUUUAGAAUAUUACUGACCAACUGGACAGGCUGUUCAAAGGCUAGAAAUUGCUUUAUGUUUAUCUGAGGUGCAGGUCAUCUCCCCUUUAAUGUGAAUAUGCAAUUAAUCAGUAAAUUUUUCCUAUGUCACUGAUAAUAUUAAACUCUCCACAUGUUCAGUACUGCUCAUACACUGUGUAGCAUGUUGGUAAUCAAAACAGGUGUUACUAAGCCUUGAAGAAGUCUCAUCCAAACUUAUAAUUUGUAUUAAUUAUAUCUCUCCAUUAUUAUAACCUUUCUUAGCUAAUCAUGUUUACUGACAACAAUUGUACUAUUUGUCAGGCCUCCAUACCUAUAAUUACUCAGGUCAUCUGAUAUAAAUCCUAGGAAAACACUAAUUUUUUUUUUUGAGACAUGCAUUGCCUGUGAAUAUCACUAUAAUACAAUGAUUUCUUACUGGCAAGCUUUAGUGAAAAAUUGUCCUUUUGGAUCAGUAAGUGGCGAUUAGUAAUCUCUACCGAAGUCAUUAUGUUGGCAGUUGUGUGUAUUAAUAUAUAUUUUUCUGUAAUGUUUUUGUCUCUCUCUAAAAAAAAAAAAAACCCAAACGUAUUUGUCACAGAUAAUGUACAUGCCUUCUUAAAGGUCAUUCUCCAAACCACUGUUAAGCCUACCCUAAGUAUUGUUUCUUUUUUCUCAUAUUUAUUGCUUGUGAAAUGCUAGCUCCCCGUUACUGAGUUUAUAGUGUAUUAGUAUCUUUAGGCUCUACCUAGUCUAAGAAAAUGUAUGACCUAUGCUAUAUAUUGACCUUGUAAAACAGAGCUGCAGCUAUUAAACUGUAUGCAUUUUUUAAGUUAACUCCAUUACCAGAAGUACACGUUUUCCACUUACCACAGCUAUGGCAAAGGUAGCUAUCAGCUAGAUUCAGCUCCCAGUAAAUAAAUAGAUUUCUCUUGUUUAAAUGCAGGUUUGAAUGAUCUCUUCUUUUCUUUCAUGUUUGUGAGAGACAUGUUUAUAUUUUGAGCAAAAUUCUGACUAAUGCAAGUUACACUUUCAUACUAGAAAAGAACAAACUGGCAGAAAUGGGAAGAAGAGACUUCUUGUGUUCCAUUGCUGCCUUCUUUUGUACAAUCCAUAUGAAGGAGUAUAGAGCAAAUAGUAAAGAUUCAGUAUAUUCGCAUACCUGUAUUUGACUUUUCAGUCUAGCAGUAGCUCCUACACAAUUGUCUGUACAAAUUAUUUUUGCUCUUAGCAUAUAUGGAAUACAAAAAGCAAGUAAGAAUAAGGGUGGUCUCAAUAUGUUUGCAAUGGAUAUCGCUUUUAUCUUAUAUUAAUUUUCCCACUUGGUUAAAUCUUCACUUAACUGAAAUAAAAUGUAGUAUUGUGAUUUUUAGUGUUUCAUUAGAGGAAAAAAAAAUAGCAUGUCUUAGUAAUAUCAACCCACCAAACUCAUUUUGGUUGGAAAGUUAAGCUCUAAGACUGUUAGAAAAUACAGAUUCCUUAGUUGUCUAUGCAUAUAAAUUUUAAGUGUUUUGUUCCAAGUUUUGUCUACAGAAUCAUUGCCUUUUUUCUAGGUUUGAGGCCAAAAGGUUAAAAAUGAAUGUUGUAGGGCAGUAAUUUAUCUGGCAGUUACUAACUUCCAAACGUCUGUCCUUGCAAAGUAUUUUUCUUUUCAUGUAAUAUAUUUAUAUGUUAUAUAUACUUUAAGAUUGUAUUGUUUUCAGUGGCAUACAACCAGUAAAGUCUUAUAUGGAGCAAACGGAAAGUACUUGCUCAGAAAGGCUGGCAAUGAAAAUUGUUAUUAAUCCCUAUAAAGAUUUCAUAGCUCUUGUCCUGUCUCAUCAUCAGUCUGUAUUUAGAAUGGCAGACAAAUUUGUUGAAUGCUAAUGUUUUCUGAAUCAAUUUCUGCUCAGAGCAGACUAGGAAUCCAACACUUCAUGUCCUUUUCUAUAAAAAUAAUGUGUGUAUUUCUCAGAUCCUAUUCUUCAUGCCUAAUAUAAGAUUGAUUGGUUCUGACAUUGUUGUAACUUUUGAGAUAAAUGGUAGAGGAGCAUAAUGUGAUGCUGCUUCAUGUCACUGUCAGAAAAAUUACUGCAAGCCUUAUGGAUUAGGACUCAUUCGUUAUUAACUUUAAGAACUCAUGGAGGCGGUGUAAGUUUCAGAGCAGCCAACUUAGGAAAAAAAAGGGGAGGGGGCAGGGGACACCUGCAAAAUUAUAGAUGGGUAACCCAAAUUUCAGCAACCGGGAAGGCCCUACAACAACAACAGCAAAACGCUGUAGUGCUGUAGGCCAUAACAGGUAGAUGACAGUAUGGCAGUCUGUAGGAGCCAGUGCGGAUUUGUUAAGAACAAAGCAUGUCAAACCAGUUAAAUCUUCUCUAACAUCUGCUUCAUCCCCUCUACCCACAAGGGCUGUUAUCCUGGCGUAGACCUCCACCUUGCAAAGCUUUUAAUACCUUCUCAAAGGAAGCUUUCACAGGGGAGCUAGGGUGACAUAAAUUAAACUGCUAGUGAGAGGAUGCAAACUUGUACUUGGUGAGUGGUUCACGUGAUCUAGCUUCAAAAUAAAAGGAUGGAUGUGUUGCACCCGUGGUGCUUUGUCCUGAGCCUUUAACUAUUUAUGUUCAUUCUGACAUAGGAUUUUCCCAGUAAUUGAGCAGGCAAUACUAGCCUGUACACAUGUCGAAAGUUAGGUGUAGAAUUCAGAGUGAUGUUGAUGAAUUGCACUGCAGACCAACCUGAGUUAAAGCACGCACAACGCACAGAGGGACCAGAGCCGAGCUCUGCAGGCAGGGCCAGUGAAGCGCACUGAUGGGGGAUAGAACCUGCCUGGCCUGGCAGUUCUGCUGCAAACGCGUGGCAAACUGCAGAAGGGCACCGCUGACCAAGGGGAUGGCGAGGUGCCCUGCUGGGAACGGUGACCACUGUGCCCUGCCGUGUACACAGAAAUAUGGUAUUUUUUGUUUAUUAAAUGGGCAAAGUAAUGCUUCCACUCCCUCAGCGUUUGCUUGGUGUUCUCUAAUUUUGAACAUGACAUUUAAAGAAAACGUGGUCUAACUGGAGAGCCAGUGGGGAUAGAAGAAUGUAUGGCCAGAGGGGCUUGACCUGUGAGGGAAGAUUACAUGAGGAAUGUAGUCAUGUGUUUGAGUUACGGCCUAACUGUGGUGGUACUGCUCAAUUUAGGGUUAAACACGAUGCACUGUCCUUUAGGGAGGACCAGUACUCAAUGGUUUCGCUCUGUAGACCUGGUUACUUUGUGUAAACGAUACAGGCUUUGCCAGUGACUAUACCCUCGGAGAAGGAGCUAAAGACUGAUGAAAAGGAAACAUCCUGCCCCAGAAGGCACCAAAGGCCUGAUGAUUGCCAAAGAAGCAUGAACUUGGGGAAAAGUAAAGGCAGCGGGGGGAGAUGGUGACCACCGACUCAAUUCAAGACCUAAAAGACCUACUCCCCCCCUACACUCCUUGAGCAUGGGCUGUAGAAUAAAAGAACACUGUACUUUGAAUUUGAAGCGGAGAAAACCUUAGCCGAAUAGAAAUGGUGGCAAGUAAGUGACUACCAAUAAUGAUUUGGGGGAAGGACUUUGGAAACUAAGUGGGUUUCGCGCCGAGACUCUGCCAUGGCUUCCCUCAGCCUCCAGGGCAGCGGUGGCGCUAAGAAGGAGGAGAAGGGCAAGAACAUCCAGGUGGUGGUGCGGUGCAGGCCUUUUAAUGCCUUGGAACGUAAAGCAAGCUCCUAUGCUGUUGUAGACUGUGAUCAAGCAAGAAAGGAAGUUAGUGUCCGCACUGGAGGAGUGGCAGAUAAGACAUCAAGAAAGACUUACACAUUUGAUAUGGUUUUUGGAGCUCAGGCAAAGCAGAUUGAUGUAUACCGGAGUGUUGUGUGUCCCAUUUUGGAUGAAGUUAUUAUGGGCUACAACUGUACAGUGUUUGCUUAUGGCCAAACUGGUACUGGUAAGACCUUCACAAUGGAAGGGGAGCGGUCGCCCAAUGAGGAAUAUACUUGGGAAGAGGAUCCACUAGCGGGUAUAAUACCCCGUACAUUGCAUCAAAUAUUUGAAAAACUCUCAGAGAAUGGUACCGAAUUUUCAGUGAAAGUCUCUCUUUUGGAAAUCUAUAAUGAGGAGCUUUUUGAUCUUCUGAAUCCUACUCCUGAUGUUGGAGAAAAGCUGCAGAUGUUUGAUGACCCUCGAAACAAGAGGGGUGUAAUUAUUAAAGGUUUGGAAGAAAUAACUGUACACAACAAAAAUGAAGUCUACCAAAUCUUGGAAAGGGGUGCAGCAAAAAGAACAACUGCAGCUACUUAUAUGAAUGCAUAUUCCAGCCGUUCUCACUCUGUGUUUUCGAUUACCAUCCAUAUGAAAGAAACAACAGUAGAUGGAGAAGAACUUGUUAAAAUUGGGAAGCUAAACUUGGUUGAUCUUGCAGGAAGUGAAAACAUUGGUCGAUCUGGGGCAGUUGACAGAAGAGCUCGUGAAGCUGGAAAUAUCAACCAGUCUCUCCUGACACUAGGAAGAGUUAUUACUGCUCUAGUAGAAAGAGCCCCACAUAUUCCAUACAGGGAAUCUAAACUCACAAGAAUCCUUCAAGACUCUCUUGGAGGACGAACGAAAACAUCAAUAAUUGCCACAGUUUCUCCUGCAUCUAUGAAUCUUGAAGAAACAUUGAGUACACUGGAAUAUGCCCACAGAGCAAAGAACAUAAUGAACAAGCCUGAAGUUAAUCAGAAGCUAACAAAAAAAGCUCUUAUUAAGGAAUAUACUGAAGAGAUUGAGCGUCUGAAGCGAGACCUUGCUGCUGCACGAGAAAAAAAUGGAGUCUAUAUUUCCCUUGAAAAUUAUGAAGCCCUUAAUGGAAAGCUGACAGUUCAGGAAGAACAAAUUGCAGAGUAUAUUGACAAAAUCAGCAUCAUGGAGGAAGAAGUGAAAAGAGUCACUGAACUAUUCACAGUUAGUAAAAAUGAACUUGAACAGUGUAAAACAGACCUGCAAGUCAAGGAGAAAGAACUGGAAGAAACACAAAAAGAUCUGCAAGAAACCAAGGUUCAUCUGGCUGAAGAAGAAUAUGUGGUUUCAGUUUUGGAAGACACUGAACAAAAACUUCAUGGCACAGCUAGCAAGUUGCUUAAUACAGUUGAAGAAACUACAAAAGAUGUAUCUGGUCUCCAUGCAAAACUGGACCGUAAGAAGGCUGUUGAUCAACACAAUGCUGUCGUCCAAAAUACAUUUGCAGGACAAAUGAAUGCUUUGUUCAACAAAAUACAAGAUUCAGUUAGUGAAAACAGUUUGAAGCAGCAACAGAUGUUGACAUCUUACACAAAUUUUAUAGGUGACCUCCUGACCACCAGUUCUUCAGCAGCUAAUAUUCUUGCAUCAGUUGUAUCAGCAUCUUUUGCCUCUGUUAAAGAAUUGGUGUCUACUGAAGUUUCUCACGUGUCUGAGAAAAUAACACAACAUGAGAAUCUGUCACUUGAUGGUAAAGCUGAGCUGCUGAGAUUAAUUGAGGAACAUAAAUCUGGAUUAGGAAGAGCAUUAAAUAGCUUGACACCAAUGGUAGAAUUUGUCUUGGGGCUAAACUGUCGGUUUCAGAGUUACAUGAAGAAAUAUUCUGCUGUGGCAGACAAGAUGGAGGGUCAUAAAAAGGAAAUGGAUGCCUUCUUUGGAGAUCUUUCUCUCACCCUGAAAACAUUACGGGAAGAAACAGCCAGUGUUUUUGCUCAGCUUCAGAAUGAUUGUGAGAACUUAAAAGAAGAAGUGGAAAUGACGAGGUUGGCACAUACAAAGAGCACAGCUGAAUUAAUUUUGUCACUGCAAAGCCAGCUUGACCUGUUUGCUCAGGAGACUCAGAAGAACUUAACUAAUGUACUCAUAAAAAAUGGAAGCUUGAAGACCGCCAUUACUGCUGUGCAAGAAAAUGUUCACCUGAAAACUACAGACUUAGUCAGCAGUACAAAUUCCAAUCACAGCAAAUUUAUUGCAUCUCUGGAUGAUUUCUCUCAAGAGCUCAGGAUCAUAAAUGCUGAAAGCAAGAUGACGCUGGAAGAAUCCACUGAUCACUGUCAACAACUUCUUAGCAAUCUCAGAAAUGUGUCUCAGGGUACCGAUAAAUGGGCUGAAUUUACAACUGCUCAGAUAGUUGACUUUACCAAUCAGCAGCUACUGUCCUUCAGUUAUGAGAAACAGCAACUUCAGUGUUUACAAAAGAAAAAUGAAGAAAACUGUGAUAAAGUGAUAGCUGAAAUUGCUGACCAUACUGGUAGACAAAAAGCUGCUGAAGAGAAGGUACUAAAUGGCCUUCUUGAUCAGGUAAAGGUUGAUCAGGAGAUACUUCUGGAGCAGAAGUUGGCACUUAAUGAGGAAGCACAGCAUGGACUGACUCAGGUUAAUGGUUUCCUGCAAGAGGAUCUUAAAGUGGAUAUUCCAACAGGGACAACUCCACAGAGAAGAGACUACUUCUAUCCAGUCACACUUGUGAGAACAGAACCCCGGGAACUUCUACUGGAGCAAUUAAGGGAAAAGCAACUAAAGCUUGAUGCUAUGCUAAACAGUGUGACAAAGGAGGUGGAGGAUAAUGCAGAUCAGGAGCUGUUGGAAGAGGAGGAAGAGUUGCAAGAAUCCAGUGAAAGCCUUGCUAGUGACAAAUCCUUUGUGGAUACAAACAUAUGGUGCCACACAAAUGGGGGCAUUCCCUUUUUCCAGCACAAAAGGAGUCACAAAAAGGAUAAAGAGAACAAAUCUGCAGCUACAGUGGAGAAGAACAAAAUAGAGGAUAUGACAGAACAGUUUCUUCCCAAAUCUAAGCCUCCUUUAAGAGCACUGAACUAAGAUACAUCCACUGCAGAUUCCUGUUUUGAAAUACUUGUGUCUGUCUACUGAGCCAUAACUUUCUUCAGUUAUUCUCGGUCUCUGUAUAUAGCGAUAUGUUGAUGCAAAGUUGGAUCAAAAGAUUGGCCUGCCAGCUGUCCUGCCUUUGUCCAAUUUUUAUAUGCUGUAGCUUGCAAAGUAUUCACAGACUUUUUUAAAAAUUAAAAAAAAAACAAACAAACAAAAAACACAAAACCAAAACCCCCUGCAGAUGGUGGUGCUGUAUGCUUAAAUAUACUUUUAUCUUGUCAAGUAAGAGAUCCUUUUCUGUUUCUCAGUAGAUUUAAAACAGAACAGAAAGGUAUGUGGAAAAAUGCUUUGUCAGCAUUACUAGCUACCAUUUUAUUUUUCCAUUAAUUGUAAAUAAGUGUUGGUUUUGUACCUGCUUUUUAGUCUGAUUUCUGUUUCUAUGAAGUAGAUAGCUGUCUUUUGACUGGGAUACUUCAAAUAAAUCAUUGAUACGUGGAAAAAAAAUGUAUAAGCACCUCCCUCAGAGUAAAACAAGCUUAUGUGACUUUCAUCUUAUAUUAUCAGGUUUAAUUUAGGUGAAACAUUAGCAGCUGUCUUGUAAGUCUUGUGCUGUCAGAAAAGGAUCGUAGAAUGGUUUGGGUUGGAAGGAACCUUAAAGAUCAUCUAGUUCCAACCCCCCUGCCAUGGGCAGGGACACCUUCCACUAGACCAGGUUGUUCAAAGCUGCAUCCAACCUGGCCUUGAACACUUUCAGGGAGGGGGCAUCUACAGCCUCUCUGUGCAACCUGUUCUAGUGCCUCACCACCCUCACAGUGAAGAAUUCCUUCCCAAUACCUAAUCUAAAUCUGCCUUCUUUCAGUUUAAAGCCAUUUCCCUUUGUCCUAUCACUACACUCCCUGAUAAAGAGUCUCUCCCCCCAUUUCCUAUAAGCCCCCUUUAGGUCCUGGAAGGCUGCUACAAUGUUUCUCUGAAGCCUUUUCUUCUCCAGGGUGAACAACCCCAACUCUCUCAGCCUGUCUUCACGGGGGAGGUGUUCCAGCCCCCUUAUCUUCUUUGUAGCCUUCCUCUGGACCCACUCCGACAGGUCCAUGUCUGUCUUAUGUUGGGGGCCCUAGAGCUGAACAAUGUUCAGCUGUGUGAAUAUUGUGAAAGUGUGAAUGGUUCCCUCCCUUGUUUCCUAAUAGACAAUAGCUUUAUUUCAGUAUCUCUUCAGUUUAUGAAAGCCAGUCUCACUACUGGGUUUGGGGGUUUUUUUGUUUGUUUUCAUUAGUUUUGAACCUCACUGUUCUUAUCUUUCUAUUAACCUGCAGCUGUGAUGUGUUGGCUUGGAUAAGAUGUUGUC